AGCGUGGGAGCCCCGCGCCCGCCCGCAGCCGCCGCCGAGCCCAGGAACCCCCUCGUCAGGACUGCAGCCAUGGCCACCUCAGCGAGCUCCCACCUGAGCAAAGCCAUCAAGCACAUGUACAUGAAGCUGCCGCAGGGGGAGAAGGUGCAGGCCAUGUACAUCUGGAUCGACGGCACGGGGGAGCACCUCCGCUGCAAAACCCGCACGCUGGACCACGAGCCCAAGAGCCUGGAAGAUCUCCCUGAGUGGAAUUUUGAUGGCUCCAGCACCUACCAGUCCGAAGGCUCCAACAGUGACAUGUACCUGCGACCUGCUGCCAUGUUUCGGGACCCUUUCCGCAAGGACCCCAACAAACUCGUUCUCUGUGAAGUCUUCAAAUACAACCGCCAGUCUGCAGAGUCAAAUCUCCGGCACACCUGCAGGAGGAUUAUGGACAUGGUGUCCAACCAGCACCCCUGGUUUGGGAUGGAGCAGGAGUACACUCUCCUGGGGACAGAUGGACAUCCAUUUGGCUGGCCUUCCAAUGGCUUCCCUGGACCCCAAGGUCCGUAUUACUGCGGUGUGGGGGCAGACAAAGCCUAUGGCAGGGACAUUGUGGAGGCUCACUACCGAGCAUGCCUUUAUGCCGGCGUGAAAAUCGGAGGAACCAACGCAGAGGUGAUGCCAGCCCAGUGGGAGUUCCAGGUGGGACCAUGCGAAGGGAUUGAGAUGGGAGAUCACCUCUGGAUCGCGCGCUUCAUCCUGCACCGGGUGUGCGAGGACUUCGGGGUCGUGGUGUCCUUCGAUCCCAAACCCAUCCCUGGGAACUGGAACGGUGCUGGCUGCCACACCAACUUCAGCACCAAGAGCAUGAGGGAAGAAGGAGGUCUCAAGCACAUCGAGGAGGCCAUCGAGAAGCUGAGCAAGCGCCACCAGUACCACAUCCGUGCCUACGACCCCAAGGGGGGGCUGGACAAUGCCAGGCGCCUGACGGGCUUCCACGAGACGUCCAACAUCAACGAGUUCUCGGCCGGCGUGGCCAACCGCGGCGCCAGCAUCCGCAUCCCGCGCAACGUGGGCCACGAGAAGAAGGGCUACUUCGAGGACCGCCGGCCCUCGGCCAACUGCGACCCCUACGCCGUGACAGAGGCGCUGGUCCGCACGUGUCUCCUCAACGAAACCGGGGACGAGCCUUUUGAGUACAAGAACUAAGCCGGAGUGCGCCCCGCAGACACCGCCUCCCCCCGCGCUCCCCGCGCCCCUAAACUUCCCUUCUAGAUGUAAUCCCGAGGGUACAAGAUAACAUGUUUCGUGUCUCAGUAACUCUUGUUGUCUUGAGGUGGGGAGGAGGGCAGGUUUAGUUUUAUCCGUGUCUGUUUGUCGUUGACUCUUCAGAAGACAGGAGGAGGACGGGGUGUUAGAGAACUUUUAACCACUGUUUUAUUUUUUUGUCUAAUUCAUGUGUACAUCCGAUGGGAUCCAGUGGCUUCCAGGGACAGACUGCACACGUGGAAAGCUUGUAGGAGAGGAGAAAGCUUAAAGCAGAGCCAGAUUUGGGGGGCCAGCCCCGCUGCUGGCUCUCUGCAGACUGAUGGCUCUCUAAGGUUGGUGCCUCUCUGCGGAGAAGGGAAGAUGGGAGCUGUGGUGACAGGAGCUGUGCGUGUGUGGGGACGUGAUGGGGACAUCGUCGCCCUCCGGCCACUCUGAGGUUUCUGGGAAUCUUCUGGCAUUGAGCUCAGCGUAGGAGCGCUGAGGAGAACUCUUGGUUCUGUCACUGGAAGUCAACCGAUCUCUGGCUUAUAACACAGAGUGAAGUA